CAAGCAUCUAACGUUGUAUUCAUUGUCUGUUGUUGGCGUACUGAUAAUAUGGCGGUUGUGGGUACUUGGUCUCGAGAACUUGGCGAUCAGUCGGUAGUAGGGGAAGAGACGAGGAUGGGGGUGGGGGUGGUGGCUGGAAAGGGACGUGGUGUUGCCACGUCGAGUAGCCCCCACCACUUCCCCUUGCCACAAAAGCGGGAUGCUGGGGCGGCGCUGGGUCGUUAUGGAACUCUUCCACCAGUGCCGACGACGACGAUGCAGGGAUCCCAGUUCUUGGCUCAUUGCGCGCAUCAUAUUGAUCCAGAUUCUGUCGGUGAGUAGGUUUUAUGUUUUGGUUGAGCGGGGCGUGGUUGGGGGGAGACCGAGCCCGCCUCGACGGCGGUUCCACAGGGGGUUCAAGUAGCAACUCCACGAACCUCCCGUCGUCCGCUUCAUCGUCGUCUGGCGGCACAUCCUUCCGCUUGAUGCCCGUGCCUUUGGUGAGCAAGCGGUGGAUGGAGCUCACGACGUACGACGUCGGUCGCUUCGUAGCCACGCGGUGGGGUCCAAACAAGUUGCCGUCGGGGUUAUGGAACAACAAGAUGUCGAACGCCCGGUCAAAACAGAUGCCGAGGUCGAUUUCGAGCAUCUCUUUGAGAUCGUCGAAGCUUUCGGCAAAGCCAUGGGCGAUCGCCACGUCACUCAGCUUGCGCCACAGUACAUUGUUGUUGGACGUUUGUUGGCGGCACGGCUUGAUCUUCAUGAGACCGGACCGGAGGCACCGAAGAGGUCCUAAGCCGACCUCUGGUACCCCGAGGAACCACCGCAGCCACAUCGACUUGCACAGCUCCGACGGGUACACCCACCCUUCGGGGGUUACUCGCUGCGUGCCGUCCGACCACGUAAACGCCGACGGCGCGUCUUCGUUGGGCGGAGGCGUCAGCUUGUCCUUCAAAUCGGACGGCAGAGCAUCGAAUACAGCUCGAAACGGGAGCAGCGUGGGGUCCUUGGCAUGCAGGUGAUCGGCGAGGUUGUCCGGAUGGGCGAGCAAGAUGAGGUCGAACGUGCGAUCGAAGAUGGAGAGACUCGUGUCCAGGGGAAGGUCGUGGAGAGAUGCUUCGGACGCGAUGGUCGUGUCUGUCGCGAUGGCCGUCGUGAUGAAGUGGCGCAUGAGCAGGCGGGCAUCCCGCAGCUGUCGCUUCGAGUGGAAGUCCCGCACGUCGCAGAGUUUGAGCAGCCGAAACGGGCAGAUUGGAGGAGAAGAUGACGUCGCGCCGUAAAACCAAAGUGUCCACAACGAACGACAAGUUGGGGUCGGGAACUGCCACGUUUCUGGCGCGAGGCGCGUGGUGCCGUCCGACCAAGCAAACGACCCAGACGAGGGAUCGGAAGAAAUCGUAUCCUGUGAGGGCGGUACCAGGUGUGGCAUGACGUGGGUGGUUACGGCGUCGACCGUCACGGCUGGAAGGUGACCAAGCUGCUUCUCCAUGGCCUCCACGCGCGACCGACCUCGGGCAAGGGAUGCUUCCAGCGAGCGGAAUUUGGCAUCUUGAGCAUCGAGCACUGUUUCCAGCUUUUGGUCUAUCUUCUUGAAGGUGUCCUGGAGCAUGCUCAAGCCCACAUGAGGCGACGAGUAGCUGUAGUCCUGUCCAUUGGCAGUGUGCGCAACGGACGUGGCGGACCGUUGACUGUUGUUGUGAUGCAUGUUGCGG